GGUUGAGUUCUAACUUCCAACUGACUCAAGCCUCAACUGACUUCUAACUGACCUAACUGGCAACAACUGACCCAAGCCUCAACUGACUGCUAACUGACUUAACUGACUUCAACAGACUUCAGUGACUUCUUCCAACUGACCCAAGCCUCAACUAAUUGCUAACUGACUUCAGCAGACUUCAGUGACUUCUUCCAACUGACCCAAGCCUCAACUGACUGCUAACUGACUUCAGCAGACUUCACUGACUUCUAACUUCCAGCUGACCCAAGCCUCAACUGACUGCUAACUGAAUUAACUGACUUCAACAGACUUCCCUGACUUCUAACUUCCAGCUGACCCAAGCCUCAACUGACUGCUAACUGACUUAACUGACUUCAACAGACUUCAGUGACUUCUAACUUCCAACUGACCCAAGCCUCAACUGACUGCUAACUGACUUCAGCAGACUUCACUGACUUCUAACUUCCAGCUGACCCAAGCCUCAACUGACUGCUAACUGACUUAACUGACUUCAACAGACUUCCCUGACUUCUAACUUCCAACUGACCCAAGCCUCAACUAACUGCUAACUGACUUCAGCAGACUUCCCUGACUUCUAACUUCCAGCUGACCCAAGCCUCAACUGACUGCUAAUUGACUUGACUUCAACAGACUUCAAUGACUUCUAACUUCCAGCUGACCUAAGCCUCAACUGACUGAUAACUGACUUGACUUCAACAGACUUCCCUGACUUCUAACUUCCAGCUGACCCAAGCCUCAACUGACUGCUAACUGACUUCAACAGACUUCCCUGACUUCUAACUUCCAGCUGACCCAAGCCUCAACUAACUGCUAACUGACUUAACUGACUUCAACAGACUUCAGUGACUUCUAACUUCCAACUGACCCAAGCCUCAACUGACUGCUAACUGACUUCAGCAGACUUCACUGACUUCUAACUUCCAGCUGACCCAAGCCUCAACUGACUGCUAAUUGACUUGACUUCAACAGACUUCAAUGACUUCUAACUUCCAGCUGACCUAAGCCUCAACUGACUGCUAACUGACUUGACUUCAACAGACUUCCCUGACUUCUAACUUCCAGCUGACCCAAGCCUCAACUGACUGCUAAAUGACUUAACUGACUUCAACUGAUUCCUGAUUCAAAGGCAUUCUAGGAUGGAGUCUCACUCUGAAUAUGCUAAGAUCUGGGUCACAUGGCCUACUCGUAUAGCAGGCUUGCAGAAGGCUGCUGUUUCCAAGAGGAGCCCCCUUGGCUUCCCCCCAGGGUGAGGUCAGGAGAUGCGUCACUCACUCUUAUCCCUUCCCCUUGCUUAGCAUUUCCCUGGCCUUCUCUAGGAAGCUUGGAGCAGCAAGCUGAACCCCCCCCCCCCAUAUUUUCCUCCGCCUUUCUUCUUUCUUUCCAGCAAAGCUGUCAUUUGGAAGAAGACCCCCUCCCACCUUGCUUCUUCCAGGGGAUCCUCCUGCCAUCCCAAGGAGGUGCUGCUCUACCUUGAGGAGAUGUCUUUGUAAUUUGUGAAGUCUCUUGGAUCCAGGACAGAUGGCUCUCUACACACAAGUCAAGGUGGAGGAGGAGGAGGAGGAGGAUGAGAAGGUGGCCAUUCUGGCAGAUGUUAAGGAAGAUAACGAGGCCUAUCAAGAGUCGGCUUCAACCUCAACGAAUAUAACCAAGCCAGUUAUGAAAAAGGAAGAAAAUGGAAAUCAAAGGGGACAAAAAAGACAGGAAAGAAAGCAACAAAGGAAAAAUAACUCCUUUGCUUCUCUGGCUCCCGAUUUUUCCGAACCCCUGGACUCACAUUUGAAGCAGUGUCCAGUCUGUGGAAAGAAAUGGAAAUAUAAAUCGCACUUGAACAUACACUUCCGUGUUCAUACCGGGGAGAAGCCAUACGAGUGCAUGGAAUGUGGGAAGACCUUCAGUCAGAGCGGACAGUGUUAUUCCCAUCAGAAAAACCACAAAGUGGAGCAUCCAUACAGCUCCGAGGAAUGGACAAAGAGUUUCAGUGAGGGUGACCCGGAUGCCUACCCACAAAAGUCUCAAACAGAGGAGAGACCGUAUCAAUGCACAGAAUGCGGAAAGAGCUUUAGUAGCAGUGGACACCUACAUUCACAUCAAAUAACUCACACAGGAGAGAAACCAUACACAUGCAUGGAGUGUGGGAAGAGCUUUGCUCGUGGUAAUAGCUUACAUUCGCAUCAAAGAAUUCAUACAGGGGAGAAACCCUAUCAAUGCAUUGAAUGUGGGAACAGUUUUAGCCAGGCUUCACACCUACAUUUACACGAGAGGACUCACACGGGGGAGAAGCCGUACAAAUGCGUGGAAUGUGGGAAGAGCUUCAGUGGCAGUGGGCAGCUCCGUUCGCACGAAAGAAUCCACACGGGAGAGAAACCAUAUAAAUGCGUGGAAUGCGGAAAGAGCUUCAGCCAGAGUGGAAAUUUACGUGCCCAUCAAAGGACGCAUAUCGAGGAGAAACCGUAUCAGUGCACGGAGUGUGGAAUGAGUUUCAGCGCUAGUGCGCAUCUGUGUUCGCACCAGAGAACGCACACCGGGGAGAAACCGUAUAAGUGCACGGAGUGUGGAAAGAGCUUCAGCCAGAGUGGAAACCUGCGCUCACAUCAAAGGAUUCACAUAGAAGAAAAACCCUACAAAUGCAUGGAGUGUGGAAAGAGCUACAGCCAGAGCGGACACUUACGGUCACACCAACGAAAGCACACCGGGGAGAAGCCGUACAAAUGCAUGGAGUGUGAAAAGAGCUUCAGCGAUUACGGGACGUGUGCUAAGCAUCAAAGAGCUCACACCGGGGAGAAACCCUAUCAAUGCAUGGAGUGUGGGAAGAGGUUCUCUCGCGGCGACAGUUUACGUUCACAUCAGCGCAUUCACACAGGGGAAAAACCCUACGAAUGCUUGGAGUGUGGAAAGAGCUUUGGUGACAACGCCUGUCUACAGUCGCAUCAACGAACCCACACGGGAGAGAAGCCUUACAAAUGUCUGGAAUGCGGAAAUAGUUUCAGCCAGAGUGGAAGCCUACGCUUGCACCAAAGAACUCAUAUAGAGGAGAGGCCCUACAAAUGCACCGAGUGCGGAAAGGCUUUCUCUCGCAGUCAGUAUUUGCGGCUACAUCAAAGGACCCACACGGGAGAGAAACCCUAUCAAUGUCUCGAAUGCGGGAAAAGCUUCAGCCAGAGCGCGACUCUCCAUUCCCACGAAAAAAUCCACACAGGGGAGAAACCCUAUAAAUGCCUGGAAUGUGGAAAGAGCUUCUCUCGUGGGGACAGCUUACUUUCACAUCAAAGAAUCCAUACAGGGGAGAAGCCCUAUAAAUGCCUGGAGUGUGGAAAGGGUUUUGUCCGAAUCGAUCAUGUGCGUUCGCAUCAAAGAACCCACAGGCAGGACAAAGGCUCGCCGAAAUCAAAGCAGACUACUUCUGUAGCACUCCUCUGAUUGGGUGUGUGUUGUGUUCAUGUGAGGAAGGCAAAGGCAGAAUUACUGACCACUAUAGAGAAUGAAAAUCUGAUGGCUUCUUUUUUCCCCCCCUAGGACUGUGUUUUUUAAAAAAUGUUUUUUAAAAAACACAAAAAAUACAUACCAUAGAUAUACAAAACAUUUACAAUUCCCACCACCAACACGAGGAUUGUUUUCUUUUUACAUAUUCGUUUCUUUAUGAGACAAUUUUUAUAUCUUUAUCUUUAUCCAUUUCCAUCCUAUAUACUAUAUAACAUUUGUAUCUUAUUUCUUAUGGCUUGAUCUCCAGAUUGAUUCAUGAUAUAGUUCUUUACCCUUGUCCAUCUUUCUUCCAUUUCUUUUGUUCUAAUUUCAUUAGUUUUUACAACAUUUAGUUUCACAUUCAUUAUUUCAAAUUCCAUUUGCUCCACCAUAUAUUGGUACCAUUUACUUACUGACCACCCUAAUACUAUUACUGCUUGUGCACACUCAAUUGUUGCUUCUUUUAUUUCCCUUUUAUUUCCCAUUUCUUCUCUUUUCCCUAAUACCGCUAUUUCCUUUGUUAUGACCCACUCAUUUCCUAGUAUUUGAUUUGACUCGUUUAAAUCUAGUGGCUUUGUUGUGGAAUUUCGUUUGGACGCGGGUGAAGAAAGCAGACUGAUAGCAGAAGUUGUCUUCAAGAUAGUUUACUUUUGGCCAAGAGCAGGUGACAAUGUUAGCUAAUGCCCAAAAAACGCAAUGCCACACCUUGCCUUUAGUGGCUUUCCAAUUUAUACAAUUUUACAGAGCAUGCGCAGAAAGCUAGCUGACAAUGGAAUUUGCUGACUAUUACAAUCCUUUUGGACAUGCGUAGUUGCCUUGUAACUUAUAUAACUCAUUACUCAUCACAUCAGGUGAAGUGUCCAUAGUUUGCUCCACGUAUGCACUAUCCUCAGGUGACAUGUUCAUAGUUCAUCCCACGUAUCAUCCAGCAGCCAAAUAAUUACUGCAGUUUGAAUGACCUUAUAUUGUGAGCAAAGAGCAAAUGUCAGGCAGAACAUGUCCUUCGACACUUUCAUGGUAAAACAAUAUUUUUGAGUAAGGGUUAUCUAGGUAACGGAUUUUUAGGGUCUUUAAAUAAAAUAUUCAAGAGCUGCUCCAUUAGCUUCACUCCCAAACCAAGUUGAUAUAUAAACUGGACGUGGGAGUGGCAAUGGGUUAGAAAGGGAGGUAAUGGGGCUGAUUGUGAACGGAGGAUACCUGUGUGUGAAGGUAGGAAUAAUGGUGUUGUCGUAGUAGUAAUUUUAUUUGUUACUGACUUGAGGCCAGUUAAACCUUGGGUCUUACGGUAUUCGAGAUGUGGGGGAAAUACAUUGUAAAAAUAAAAUGGAUUCCCAAAAUCACAAAGGCAUAAAUCCACUACAGGCAGUAGUACAACAAUCACAGAGGUAAAUAUUUUUUGCAGCUUAUAUACAUCAAAUUCUUUCACCUGAGGAAGACUUAAUAUUUUGGAGAACUUGAUGUCCACUUCAUUUUGUAAUUAUUUUUCCACCUGAGGAACGUUAAUGUGGGAUAUGUGUAUUGAUAGUGUUUAAAUGCAAUUUGUGCCAUGCUUGUAUUGCAACUGAUUGCAUCAUCCAGAUUGUACCAUAAUGUGGAAAGAGUUAAUUGCCAAGAAGCUAUGAUGACCUUGAUGUGUGGCUGGAACUAGGGAGUAUCCAGACACAAGUGUUUGUGCAUAACGAUGGCAUCAGUUCAGUUCAGUUCAGUUGAGUUCUGUCUGCCUAGAGUUCGAGUCAAGUUCUGUUGGAGAACAGAGCAGUCCUGUGUUCGUCUGUUGUCUGCAAGUCUGUUUGUGUUGAUUAUUGCUGCAUACAGUAAAACUUUGUAAAUAGUUUUAACAACAUCUCUGAGUGGCUCUUCGUUCUGCGUUCUACUGCUUCCAUCCAACUACCGCUGUUCUGCAAAUACUCUAACAAGGAAGACUUAAUGAAACCGGUCUGGAAAGCUUCUACGUGGAAAUCUUCCACAAGGAAGCGGAAGCUCCACACAAUUAGUAUUAUUACAGGAUUAUCCUUUCAUAAACAUUUAAGUUUAUAAACUUUUACUUACAAGAGAGUAAGGAAUCUAAUGCUCUUAAGGAGAAGUCUCAGAGCUGCUGUUACAGAGAAGUCUGCUCCAAAGUCUUUGUGCUUGAUACCUUCAUCCCAAGCAAGGACGAACAUUCAAUACAGUUUGUUAUAAACUUCUGGCAUCCUUUGAAGAUCGUUACACAGCUCUCCAGAAGGAAAUUAUUGCUAUAAGAUUCUUAAUGGUUGAACUCUCUUGGCUAUAACCAAUCACUGUGUAUAUAACAGUCUUAUGUUCUUUGUAUACAUGUUCAUUUGUUGUAUAUAAGUUGCAAAAAAUAUUUACCUCUGUGAUUGUUUUACUACUGCUUGUAGUGGAUUUGGGUUUGUGGAAAUAUAUUGUAUCCAGUGCUUUUCAACCUC